CGGCUCCUGACGUGAUCAAAGAUGCUGUUGUUGAGCAGCGAGCACAGCAAGAUACGAUACAGAGGCGGUAAUGGCCGGCAUAAGCCGCACGGGCAUCAUCACCGCAAGCACAGCCGGAUACGGUUAGUCAAGCAUUAUUACUAGGGCUCACUAGCAGAUGCACUACGCACCCGAUCUGGUUAGCGCAGCAGUAUCACAUUGCGCGCAUGAGAUAUCGGUGCUUGAUUAUCAUCCGCAUUAUUAGCAUUAGCAUUAUUACUUUCCCCCAUAGCUCGCGGCAAAUAAAAAGUAUUAACUCGGGCAGUUAUAAUCCCGACAGCGCGAUUCCUCCGAGUGCAUCGUCAGUGGCACAACAUGCAGGUCUUGGCCCCAGGACCCGAGGCAGAAAUGUCAUCACGAACCUAUGGUCAUGCCCCGCCAUUGUGCGACAGCUCAAGGUUCAAAGGAUGCAUGCAGUAUUACGUCUUGGAUUGCUGUUUUUUGAGAUUCAUUGUUAUUGUUUUCUUCUAUUUAUCAAAAGGUAUUAAGUUUUGACUGAAACUUUCACGUGAAGACGGAUCAGCGGCCAA